GAGGCGUACUCAGCUCCGUAGGCAUGGUCAUGUGACACGCAUGGAUAGCUGUACGGGCUGUGAAGUUUGUUUACUUGUAAUAAAGUUCGUGUUUCAACAAUAACCAGAUGGGUUGCUGCUUUAGCAACGACGAGGACAAACGCGACCAGGACGAGCCCACAGAAACAUCCCGAUUACUGGCUAAUCCUGUAGGCAACUCCUCGCAACAACCUUACAAUGACGGCUAUGGAGGUGUCCGUGGUGCCAAUUCUCAUCACAAAGGGGAUGACCAGAACGCACUCAGCAGAAUACUGCACCAGACAGCUGCGAAUGUUAUAGAUGUGUCGGCCCUUGACACGCAUCUAGAACAGCAUGAGUACCUGAACCGUUCCCGACAGUAUACACAGAAGGUUGGAACUCUGGGCACAGAAUUCGCCCUGCAAAAACCUUGCCUCUUGCAAGAUGGAGCACCACAGGAGUGGCUGUCACAUCCUCCCCUUCCACCUAUGCAGAUGCAAGCUAUGGAUGAACUUAUGGACAAGGUACAGCAAGCCCUAGGUGACAUUCAAGUGGAGCACAAAGAAGACCUUGUGGUGCAGUUUGGACUCUCGUGACUCUGACGAUUCAAGCUCUUCGAAGGUGACACAGAAAAGAUAUGUUAGUAUAACACAUCGUGACAGACACUGUUGAUAUUUAGAGUCAAUACUUCCCACUUUUGCGAGGGAUAUUUUGUGAAAUAUGCAUGUAUAUAAAAGUGCUUUUUUCUGUU